AUGGAACAAAUGGACAUGCUCCCAUAUGGCAGGAGCCAAACGAUGUUGUUGAGUGCAACCUUUCCUAAAGAAAUACAGAGACUUGCAUCUAAUAUUCUUUCAGAUUACAUAUUUUUAGCUGUCGAAAGGGUCGGUUGGAGUACUGAUUUAAUUGUUCAAAGAGUUGAAUAUGUUUCUGAGAGUGACAAGAGAAGUCAUCUCGUGGACCUUCUCAUGCUCAGAGAGAAACUGAAGUUAAUGAAUGGUAAGCAUUCUUUCACCUUAGUUUUUGUAGAGACAAAGAAGGGAGCUGACUAUGAAUGUUGGUUGUAUGUCAAUGGAUUUCUAGCUACAUCAAUUCAAGAAGAUGGACAAGAAAGAGAAAUGACACUUAGAUCAUUCAAGAGUGGGAAGACGCCAAUUCUGGUAGUGACAGACGUGGCAGCAAAGGGUCUCACCAUACCGCAUGUGGCCAAGUGGUGA